UGGUGAGAAAACACUCUCGAGUUUAAAACAGCUGCUUUCAACAGUCGGAAAACAGUCAUGAAUAUUCAUGAGAGAUAAUCAAACUUUUCACCUACUGUUUUAAAGAAGCGCUUUGAUGUAAAUGUCUCGUAAAUAGAAAAACCGUCAGAGAAAUUGAUUUCUUUUGUUUGGUUGGAGUAUCCCACGUUUUUGAGCGUUAAGGGAGUCGGGACAAUCGCUUCACGUUUCCAAUACAACAGGUAUGGAAGGUAUCGCUAUUAUUUUGUCUUUAAUGUUUCAUCUAAGCACGGGUAGUUCUUUCAUAUUUGUACAGCCUGUGACUGACCCAAAGACAAGCUUUUAUUUAUUUCCUUUCUUUGUUCUUUUCUCGAAGCUGAUUGGUCCAUUUGCAGUCCUGAUCACUUGCUCCGCGCAUGGCUACUAGGAUCUUGCGGAGUCAAGAUUCGGUCUCUCUAGCCACAUGGCUGAAUGGUGAAAAAAAACGGUAAAUUUGCCGGAUAUUUUAGGUUGUUUGCCUUUGGAAGAACGCAGGAAACCUUCGCGGACGCAAUCUGAGACUAUCUGCUCUUCGUGUGUGGGGUUCAAGGUUGUUCGUCGGCUGAAGGUUGCCUUGUGGAAUUGUUUGAAAUACGUCGACGUAAUAACACGUUCAACUCCGUAUUAUGACUGAAGUCGAAAGCGUUCCUAAGACGAAACUUGAUAUCGUGGAGGGCAAAAAUCAAGUUAACAACAGUUGUGGACAUGUUGAAGAACACGUCAAAGUCGAAAACCAUACUGCUGCAGUAGAAGAAAACGAUAAUUCCAGCGAAAACACAACGCAGAAAGAGGGGAAUCGCAAUGAUCCUAUGGAAGCACCUCCCCCGCCAAAAAAUCCUUGGACGAGACACUUGAAAAGCAGUGGCGAAAAAGAAGAAGCUGCGAAACCAACUGUUGUGAAAGCCGCUAAACGCAAAGGCAAGGGUAGCGAAUUCACAGAUAUCACAAAUUGGCCAACUCCUGGCGAAUCUACGGCUUCCACUAAGGACGGAAAGGCCACUGUUAGCAAGAAAGAAAAUGCUGAGAACGAACUGUCCGGCGACGAUGAAAACCAGAAAACCACGCCGAAGAAAAAAGGUGGAAGACAUAGGUGGGUCCCACUGAACUUAGAAGGUGCUGAAAGUGCUUUGGAGAACUCUGCUAAUGAUUCAGGUGUGGAAAAAUCACCCACAUCACCCGAGGCCAUCUCACCAACAGCUGUUAACCCCAAGUCAACUAAGUCACCCACCACAAGGUUCAGUCCAGGAAAUGCACCAGGCAAUGUGUCACCUGUGAGAGGAGGCAGGGGGGGACGUGGUGGAGGAAGAGGAGGACGUGGAGGACGAGGACGGCAACGUUCACCAAGAGGGGAUGGUAGUCACCAGCAAAUGCCUUACAACCCAGCUUACCGCCAGCAGUUUGGCUAUCAGAUGUACAAUGGAACAACUUAUUUUGCACAGCCCCAGUACACUGCAAAUCAGCCAUACAGCACUAGUUUCUAUUAUCACUCUGGUAACUAUAUGCCUGCUGCACCUGCAGCAGCAGCUGCUGCUGCUACUGCCACUGCUGUAACUUUGGAGGAGAUAACACUCAAGGAAUAUAUCAAGAACCAAAUAGAGUAUUAUUUCAGUGAACAGAAUCUUACCAAAGACAUCUUCUUGAGACGCCAGAUGGACUACGAAGGCUUUAUACCUAUUGGACUUAUUGCAAGCUUCUAUAGGGUUCAGGCCCUCACACAGGAUGUUAAUCUCAUUUUAGAGGCACUGAGAGGCAGUGAAGCUGUGGAAAUAAUUGACGGCAAGAUAAGGAAGAAGGACAACCCUGCAAUAUGGGCCAUCCCUCCAGACCAACCUGUCACAGUUGAAAACACCAUUACCCAUGUUUAUGAGCACAUGCCUUCAUUGAAGCAACAUAUCCCAGCAGAGAUUGGGGUGCACAACAGCAUGGAGAUGCAAAAACAAGAACACAUAGAUGUUGCAGUGGACAGUGAGAUGGUUAAACAAGGACAGAAUGGAUUGGUGUUCAUUAACUCAAACAGUAACCCAUCUGUCCAAGAGGAGAAACAGAACGACUUGGAAUCAAAAGUUUUAGAAACAAAUAAGCAUGAUCCUGAAGCUUGGACAGAGGUAAAAAGACGCAAACCAUCUUCAUCAAAGUCAGUGGAUACUAAGGUGAGUUUUGCCAAUGACCAAGAAGAGCUAGACUUCCAGUUUGAUGAAGAACUAGAACACCAAGGCAAACAGCCUACAAUAUGCUCCUCUGAUUGGGAUGAUGAUUCGGAUGACGAAAUUGAUGAUCAAGAUAUACACAAAAUAAUGAUUGUGACGCAGACGCCACCUCCUGUUAAGAAACAUGACAGGACAGGAAACUAUGUCACUAGAGUUAAAAUGACGCAGGAACUCUCCAAAGCUAUUAAUGAUGGCCUGUAUUACUAUGAGCAGGAUCUUUGGGAUGACAGUGAUGAUAGUUACCUAAAUAGAAAGAUGGUCCUGUCUUCAUCAAUGAAACGUGUAGAACUGGUCAGUCAAGACAAAUUUAACACACAGCGUGAUGCCCUGGAACCUCAGAGAGCUCGCUCAUUCACAGAGGCAGAGUUCCCUCCACCCAGUCCUCCUGUGACAGCAGUUCCUCAUGCCACAUUAUCACCAUCGGCUGAAGUGUUCCGUCCACGAGCAAACACUGCCCCCUCUGAACCUGUGUCCAGGUCUCUCCCCACCACUGUACCUGAGUCUCCUACUCAAGAAAACCGCCAUGGAUCUCGCACUCCCAAGAGGAAGGAUGUGAAAGUAGCACCAAGGUUUUUUCCUGCAUUCAGCAAAGAGAAUCUCAGUGACCAGGGUCCAAAGAAAAGAAAGACAAAGUACAGUCAGAACCCACCUGUUGAACAGCAUGUUGGUUGGGUUAUGGGAAGCCGGGAUUAUCCGCCACCAAGAAGUCCAAGCCUCAGUGUGUCUGAGGGUAUGACUCCUGUGGUUGGAAGUUAUGGGUCAGCACCUCAGCCAAUCCCACGCUUUCAGCAUCCUUCACAUGAACUUCUCCAAGACAAUGGCUUUACCCAACAACUGUACUUUAAAUAUCACUCCAAGUGUCUAAAAGAGAGAAAGAAGGUGGGAAUUGGACAGUCUCAAGAAAUGAACACCUUGUUUAGAUUCUGGUCAUUUUUCCUGAGAUCACAUUUUAAUAGGACAAUGUACAAAGAGUUCAAAAUGCUGGCAGUAGAGGAUGCUGCAGCUGGUUACAGGUAUGGUCUGGAGUGCCUCUUCAGAUUUUUUAGCUAUGGCCUUGAAAAGAAGUUCAAGCCUGACUUGUUCAAAGAUUUCCAGACAGAAACGUUAAGAGAUCAUAACCAAGGGAAUCUUUAUGGUUUAGAGAAGUUUUGGGCGUUCCUCAAAUAUUACAAAGGCAAAGUAAGAUUUGAAAUUGAUCCAGACCUUCAAAAACGCCUGGAUAAGUACAAGACAAUAGAUGACUUCAGGAAUGAUCCAAUGAAUCAGUUCCCAGUUGACCCGCACAGCAACAAACCACGGUCACGGCAUAAUUCACACAGUGACAAACAUGACCAUCUUCCUACCAGUAGCAGGGAAGAGCAGAGAACAACUAUAGAGGAAGAAAGAAGGGGAAAGGAAGAGCAGAAGAAUAUUAAAGAGGAGAAGAAGAGUCAUAAAAGCUCUGAAAGCAGUGAUUCGAGAAGGAAGAGUGCAGAACGCAAAGUUGAAAAUACUACUGAAAAUGCAACCUCAGAAUCUGCAGGUGCUAAAGCAGGUCUAGUUAAAGCCACUUCCGGGAAAUCCUCGUCUGCGAAAAGUACUUCUGGAAAAUCAACAACUGGUUCGGGAGCUUCCGGGGAAAGAACAAAUGUUAGCAAACGGGAGAGCUCUCAGAAAGGAUCUGUAGCCACUGAUAAAGUGGCAGCCUCUUAGGGCGGAAAAACAAACUAUCAAGACUUUAGUAAAGCAAUUGACUUCAUUCUAAUUUAAUACCAUAAAAAAAAGUUAAAAGAUGAAAACACCAAAAAAAAAAGUACAUGGAAAUCUUACUAGUGGACCGGUAUCUGUCCCACUUCCGGUUGUGAUUGGUGACAAGGCGCGUCCUGAAAACAAUUGAGUUAUUUACAAGUCAAGACAACUGCUGCUUGAGAAGUGAAGAAGGUGGAAUGUGUUUUCAAGAAAUGGCGUUGAUGUACCUUAGUAGCAGUGCUAUAUUAUCUUGGCAUGUUGUAGACUUAACCAAGGAUACCAUUGGGGAAUGAUUAUGAACUGAAUUUUAAAACACAUUCAUUUACUAUAGCAAGAACGACAACCUUCCUGGUUAGGAAAGUGCGGAAUGGUAUUUCCGUCUACGUCAAUCAUUCAAAAGAUACCUGCACGAAUUGAAUAUACUCUGUGGAGUAAGUAUUCAAAGUACUUCAGUCAUCCUGGCUCAGAGACGAAGCUGUUAUUUAACAGGAACAAAUUUAACUUCAUUUUAAAUUGCCUCCCAAGUUUUCAUUCACUCCUUCGUUCCGAUGGUUAUCAUUCGGCAUUCACUCUCAACUUGGUCAGGUUCGAAGAUAUAGAUACCUGAUUAUCUAAGGAAAAUAUCUUUUCCAAGCACUGUUAAGAUGAUGAUCCCACUAGAGCAACUGAGGGAUUUCCUCAAACGCUAGAAAAGUAUUAAAUUAUUUUUAUCAUUGUCAAGGUGAGUUAAACUGUCGGUGUUAUUAUUUUGGUUGAACAUAGAGAAAAUUUAUUGAAUUUACAUAGUGUGAAAAUUGCGCAAAAGAAACCAAUUUUGAAUUUUAAGUGUUUCUAUAGGGCAAAGCUUUCCAAUCUCUUCUCUCGCACAUCAGUUUAAGGCUUAGGUGUUCUUUCUUAUCGUUAGACUUCGUUCGGGAGAGGGUACUUGCAGACAAUGAAAGACAGGAGAGAUUUCUUUUGCAAGGAAAAACUUCGGGGCACAAGAGUUCUAAGUUAGCUGUGUUUUUCGAAGGGGUCUUUCAGAAGUAGACGGCUUCUGAGCCUUUAUUAUGGCAUUGUGGUUUGGAUUGUUGAUUCGACAGAGCUAGGAGUUUAGAAUAAGGAAAAGUUUUAGGAUUGUUUUUGGUUAGAUGGGUGAGGUGGUUGGUUAAGUGGGAGAAGAGGAAAACUUAAGUUCGAUCUAAGAAUUAAAUGAAAUGUUGUGGACCUUUGAAGUUUUCCUCACGGAAGAUUAUAUGAAUUUGAAUAAGCUGGCCUUAGUAUCAAACGGAACUUUUGAGGUGAACAUAGUCUGUAGUUAUUGCGAAACUCAGAAUCACUGCUUUAGAAAAUUAAUGAAUUUACUGGGAAAAUUACCAAGGUGAUUUUUUCAAGUGAAUAGCAGAAAUAAUCCGAAGUCAUAUACCUUGCUAAGGAAAUGUCAAUUUCUCUAUGCGUUGUCUAGGUACUAUCAAAUUCUGGUUCCGUAUCGUGGUUCGAAUCGUGAAAAAUUGCGUUUCCGGGAACGUCACUAGUAGCCUGGGAAAAAAAGGAACGAUGGAAGGAAUGCGUUUGAAACGCAGUUAGCUUGUUGCAAUAAGGGUUUUUUUGGUAAAAGAAUCGAGUUGACCACCAAGUCUUUUGUCUUUUAACUGUGAUCUAAAUUAUCUUACAAGGUCUACCCACUGAAACAAUAUGGUGGUAUGAUUUAACUGUACAUAGAGAUUUCUAAGUUAUUAUAAUCGCCCAAUAUAUCUUUAUUCAAAAGUUAUCCUGGUGUUGAACAAAAUAUAGAAGCUUUUGUCGCCGGCAGUUUAUAAUUAGAAAUUACCUUGCAGUUUACAAUAAUUGUUAAGAUUUCUUUUUGUGACAAGGUAAAUUAAAAGUAAAGUUGAUUCUAAAGCGCGUUACACCUUCACAAACAUUCGUGUAUCAUGAGCUUAUGUCUGUAGUUUCAAAGGUGUGAUUCUAGUAGUUUGUAGCAUUGUAAAGUUGUCAGUUUCGCGCUUGAGGAAAGAAAUUUGGUCGGUUAAGUUUAGUUUUGAGCAAGAGCAGAGAACAGUAUAAUUUUGGAAAUUGAAAAAUUCAAACUGUCAAUCAGAAGAGCAGGGCCUCGACACUAGCUUUUCAACUUACUAGCCAAGUGGCUGGUAAUAACAUGGAUGUUACAACAAUUUCAGUUUUUUUACAAACUAAACUGGCAACUGAAAAUCGAAAACCACUAGCCAAAACUGAUUUACUACUAGUCUGUGGCUAGUUGGUUAUCGUUGUGCCGAGCCCUGAAGAGACUUGCCCUUUUGGGCGAAAACGUCGUAGGCCUGAGCGCUUCCGAGCUCGUGCGCUAUCCUUAUUGGAUUACCAGUUUUGGAGACUGUCGGCCGUCUUACGAGGACCUCGAAGAGUUUUUUUUUCUCUGGUUGUAUUGACAUGAUAGCUUACUGUGUGACCAACUUGGGUGAAUUGAAUUAGGUUAUUUAUCGCGUUUUACUACCCGACAAUUAGUAGAGAAUUUUAAAGGACUGCUAACUUAUUUAGUGGCACCAUUUGUAGCUUCUUUUAAACUGUGAGCACUCUCUUAAGUGGAUCAAAGACAAGUGUAAACAAAGCCUCGUGAUGGGUGACCAAAGGACCCCGUCACACCAUGUCUGGCUCUGCGAACACUGGUCUUCGAUUGACCUGGAAAGUUUGGUCGCAGUGAAGGCUCGUUGAUGUGCAGUUCUUGGUAUUAAUAUUACUGUGAGGGUUCAUUAUGUUUAAGUAGUGGUAGUUGUACAAUGGUAAUCACCUAAAAAAAAAAAUCAAAUAAAUCUAUUUUAAAACAACA